UUUUGUUUUCUGCCGGAUUCGGUCCGUCAGCGGUCCUUCUGUUUCCGUGUCUGGGAGGAGAGCAGUAGUGUGAUUUCAGAGGAAGCUUCUAUCUUUUAAAAUGCAGGACCCAAACGAAGACACAGAGUGGAAUGAUAUCCUGAGGAGGAAAGGCAUUCUUCCUCCCAAAGAAGUACCAAAAGAAGAUGAAGAGGAAGAGCUGGCUCUCCAACAGCAGUCUGUUGUUAAAACGUAUGAGGACAUGACGCUGGAAGAACUGCAGGAGAAUGAAGAUGAGUUUAGUGAAGACGAUGAGGCUGCCAUUGAAAUGUACAAACAGCAGCGUCUUGCGGAGUGGAAGGCGACUCAGUUGAAGAACGUGUUCGGGGAGGUGGUGGAAAUUUCCGGGCAGGACUACAUCAAGGAGGUCAACAAGGCCGGAGAAGGCAUCUGGGUGGUGCUGCACCUUUACAAACAGGGCAUCCCUCUGUGUACCCUUAUCAACCAACACCUGAGUAUGUUGGCCAGGAAGUUCCCUCAGACCAAGUUCCUCAAGUCCAUCUCCACCACCUGCAUCCCUAACUACCCGGACCGCAACCUGCCCACCAUCUUCGUCUAUUUCGAGGGAGAGAUGAAGGCCCAGUUCAUUGGGCCACUGGUCUUUGGCGGCAUGAACCUCAAAGUUGAAGAGCUGGAGUGGAGGUUAUCAGAGUCCGGGGCGGUGAAGACAGACCUGGAGGAAAACCCCAAAAAGCAAAUCGAAGACAAGCUAAUGUCAUCGAUCAGAUGUUCGCUUCCUACAGGAAAGGACAGUGACUCUGAGGACGAGGACUAUUAGAAAGAAACGCCUGUCACUCCAAACCAGACAGUGUGGGUGGCCCUUAUGCAGAGCUCAAUCCUGCUCAGCGGCACUUGGACAGGACACUUGGCUGGACCUAUGAGCUUUUUGCUUGAAGCACCCAGCGUCCUGUACAUCUCCGUAGGGAAAACGGCACAACAAUCACUCUUUUGUAGUUUGAAUAAACAUCAGACUACAUCACCUGAAUCUUUACAUAAGCAUCAAAGACGAAUUGUAACUUUUUUUAUUACGUUUCAUUAUAAUUGUCACAAAAUGUUCAUGUACAUUUCAAUGUGUUGAAUUAAAUGUGAGUCCACCUCUUUGCCACAAUGA